AUGGACUACUCCACGCCAGACCCCAACAGCUGGCCAGCCCGCCUCGUCACCGGCAUAGGCAGAAGACUACGAUCCAACAAGGCUUUCCGGGAAGAGACCAUCAGAAGCAACGAGGCUCGAGCAGCGGAGCGGCGACAGAAAGCCGCAGAGAGGCACGCAGAGAAGUAUCGAUGGACUCGGCAGUCCGUCGACUCUCGAUCAAACCAGGACGAUGUCAAUGAACUGGGUGAACGCGAUUAUUCGGUCUUCAGUCAGGCGACUACCCUGGUCAGCAACAAGGAUAACACUGACAUGUUGCAUCGACUUGCGCAUUAUGGCUCUUUCGACUCUCUGGUUGACCAAGCUCUGGAAAAGAAAAUCAAGGACCCGCUGUUCGACUCUCAGGACCCAAAAGCGCUCGAACCUAUCAACGCAUUGAGCGAGCUCCACAUGCGACAGGUGGCUGCUCUGCCGGAAGCUGUAUGGGAGAACAUUGCCUCAUUUCUGGAGCCUGCGGACGCUGCUUGUCUAUCAUUGGCAUCAAAGGUACUUCAGCAGAAGCUCGGGUUCACUCCGCUCAAAGAGCUGGACCAAGAAGAAAACCGCCACCAAAAGAUUGCCUUCCUCCACCGCAUCGACAAACAGUUCCCAGACCAUCUGCUUUGCUUUCCAUGUGCGAAGUUCCAUCUACGCUCCACCCCAAGGAGGGAGAGCCUCAAGGCGGACUAUGUGGCCAACCCGUUAUUUACCUGCCCCAACACGCGAGGCACAUAUUUACCUCGUAUGCGUCUCGUCCACGGGCGGGAACUACCCUACUCCUUCGUCCAGCUAGCCGUUCGAGGCCACAAACACUCUUCCGCCCAUGGCAUCGAAUUAACAGCCUUAGAACGCAAAUGGAAAUGCAAAUCCAGCCCCUGGACCCACCGCACCCGCUACCUCGUCAACAACAGCCGCCUCCUCAUGCGCGUCGUCAGCCAAGCCUACGCCCAACCAAGCGCGGAGACGACCGAGACGAGCCUGCGACAUUUGCUGUAUGACCGGGAGGAAUACACGCCCUUCUUCUCCGUCUGCGCCCACUGGCGUGAUGGCGAAUUGAUGCGCUUAUGCAAGUGCGCGCUCUCGCACGUGCCGUCGCCACCACAGUCUUACUCACAGCAGCUCAAGAAAGCGCCGAAGAUCAACCGCGCGUUGGCGAAUCCGACCUUCAUCGUUAGGGGGUGCGAUGACUGUCAGCCUGCGCGGAGGUGUCCGGAGUGUCCUACCGAGUAUCUCAUUGAAGUACAGAUGGUGGAGGAUAAAAGCGAUCCUGUCAGGCAGUUCAAGCACGCCAUUGUGGUAACGAGGUGGAGCGAUCUAGGGGAUGGGAGUAGUCCGUACACGAGUCCGGAGUGGACAGCUAUCCAAGGAUCGAGCCCAGAGGUGGAGACGAAGGCGUGGGCAGACGAGCUGUGGGCGGGAUCUUUGAGUCGAGAAUUAGUGGGAGUGUGCCGGGGCAGAGGCUGUUGA